UGGCGGGCUGGAAAGGGGGCUCACAUCUACGACAGGGUAAGCCAUUCCCUCUCGCUCUCUCUCCCUCCUUUAGGGAAAGGAAGGGUGGGGUUAGGGAGGGAGAAAUCAAGGUCAGAACGGGGUGGAUGGGGACAUGGCGGAAGGCCUACGGAGCCCUCAAGGAUUCUACCAAAGUUGGGCUCGCCAAGGUCAAUAGCGAAUUCAAGGACUUGGAUAUUGCUAUCGUGAAAGCAACAAACCAUGUAGAAUGCCCCCCGAAGGAGCGACACGUGCGGACAAUCUUUGCUGCUACCUCAGUGGUUCGCCCCCGAGCUGAUGUAGCUUACUGCAUCUAUGCACUUGGCAGAAGAUUGUCCAAGACUCGUAAUUGGAUGGUCGCAUUGAAAACAUUGAUAGUUGUCCACAGGACAAUGAGGGAAGGUGAUCCUACAUUUCGAGAGGAACUAUUAAGCUAUUCUCGUCGUGGAAGUAUUCUUCAGAUAGCCAACUUUAAAGAUGACUCAUGUCCUUUGGCUUGGGAUUGCUCUGCGUGGGUACGUACAUAUGCACUCUAUCUGGAAGAGCGACUUGAAUGUUUUAGAAUCUUAAAAUAUGACAUUGAAUCAGAACGUCUGACGAAGCCCCUACAGCAAGAGCCCACAAAGGUAGACUCUCUUUUUUACUUUUUUCACAUAUAUUUGCUAACAUUUAGAAAUUAUUUUGCGUUUCAUCUUUGUUUGCAGGGACAUAGUCGAACUAGAACUUUAUGUUGUCCUGAUCUGUUAGAACAAUUGCCUGCUUUACAGCAACUUCUCUUCCGGCUCAUUGGUUGUCAUCCUGAAGGAGCAGCAUGUGGAAACCUGCUCAUUCAAUAUGCAUUGGCUCUGGUUUUAAAAGAGAGCUUUAAAAUAUAUUGCUCGAUCAAUGAUGGCAUCAUCAAUCUCGUUGAUAUGUUCUUUGAGAUGUCAAAAUAUGACGCCAUCAAAGCACUCGAUAUUUAUAAGAGAGCUGGACAACAGGCUGAAACUCUUUCUGAGUUCUAUGAAUUCUGCAAACAUUUGGAGCUUGCCAGGAACUUUCAGUUCCCUACUUUGAGACAGCCACCUCCUUCAUUUCUUGCUACAAUGGAAGAAUACAUCAGAGAAGCACCUGGGGUUGGCUCUGUCUCAAGUAAGAAGCUGGAAUAUGAAGAAAAGAACCUUCUAACUUACAAUCAAGAAGACGUCACUCCAGAAGAAAAACCAGCUGAAGAAGAAAAGGAAGAGCCUCCUGCAGAAGAGCAACCACCACCAGAACCCAAAUCCGAACCUGAACCUGUAGUGAACGUUGAACCACCACCUGUUACCACUGCUGACUUACUGGGCUUGGAUGAAAUAAAUCCUGCUGCUGCUGAACUUGAGGAUAGCAAUGCAUUGGCUCUUGCCAUAAUUUCUCCAGGUAAUGCACCAAAGCCUCCAUCAGCCACUGACUUGUUUGCAACCGAUUCCUCCGGAUGGGAGUUGGCAUUGGUCACUGCCCCAAGCACCAGCACCAGCCAAUUGGUUGAGAGCAAACUGGGUGGCGGUUUCGAUAAGCUCUUGCUUGACAGUCUCUACGAAGACUCAGCCAGGAGACAACAGAUCGCCGCAGCCUACAGUGGCGGCGGUAUGGAUGCUAAUCCUUUCGACUAUAGGGACCCGUUUGCCAUGUCGAAUGGCAUCGCACCGCCACCAAACGUCCAGAUGGCAAUGAUGGCUCAGCAGCAGCAGCAGUACUACUAUCAACAGCAAAUACAACAGCACUACCCAAUGCAGCAACAGCAAUACUAUCACCAGCAGCCACAGCAGCAGCAGCAGCAGCAAAUGAUGAUGAUGGUGCCUUACCAACCUCAACAACAGCCGGGCUCAGCCAAUCCUUUUGGUGAUCCAUUUGGUGGCUUCUCACCUGCUUCAGCUCCACACAGCGAUCAACAUUUGCUCUGAGUGGGUCAUUCAUUCCUCUACUCUUGUUAUCAUGGCUGCGCCAUUCUUAUAGCGAUUUGUUUAGCCAAUCCGUUUUUGUCUCCUUCACAGGGCGUAGCUCCACAGGGCAUUCAAUCAACUAUAUAAACUCGAUCGAUUGUUUUC